AUGGGUCCGCCUUCGCUACCGGAUCUGCAUUCUCCGAGUCUGCAACAGUCUACAGGCUCGUCUUUCACACCACUGCCUGGCGACUGCUGGAGACUGAUCGAGGUAUACUGCACGUAUACGCAAUGCUGGCUUCCCAUCGCAGACAAGCUUGAGAUUCUGAAGUUAUCAUAUUCUUAUCCGGAACGAGGACUGGCUCUCUCCUGCGAUAUGUCCAAUUCGGGAAGUCAUGCUGAGAUGUGGAGUAUCUUUGCAGUCGGCAUUACGCAGGACGACAUCAACGUCGCUGGAGAAAGCUAUCGUCCAUGGUCGCCUGGAAAACUUUACGACAUUGCAAGGCAGCUUAUCCCUAAUGAAUUAGGCAAAUUCGAGUUGGAUCAUGUAAAGGCCCUCCUCAAUCUGGCAUUAUUCAACAUCAACAGGAAGCUGUUCGAUGCCGCUUGGCACCUUGUUGGCGCUGCUUUGCGAAUAUCACUCAUGCUUGUUGAGACACCAGAUAUGGCUCUCUCUCGACGAAAGCAUGUUCUGUCGAGUUGCUUCGUACUUGACAGUCUUCUGGCUCUACACUUGAAACGGCGUCCUUAUCUUGACAGGACUGACCUGUCAUGGAUGGGAAAAAUAGAGGAAGAUGGAAUGGAAGAAUGGCAACCGUGGAGUGGGCAACUUAAUCUUGGACCAACGCAACGGUCGAGCACUCCAACCCUCGCCUUAAGUACUUUUAACGCUCUUUUGGAGUUGGUUGACAUCCUUGGGUGCACUUCUAGAGAGCAGACAGCACCAAACUUCUUACAUGAGAUGAUCGGUCGUCUUGAGAUGUGGAAAUCAGCGCUACCACAGAAGCUUGAAUACAUCCGGAAAGACUCUGCCUUCACACCAGCAACGCCACCCGCGUUACUCCUUCGAUGCACAUAUCUUGUUACCGCGUUCACGCUCGUUCCCUCUCAGGCAUGGCUCCAACAAAUCUUAGAGAUAUUGAGUGUACUGCAACAGCAGCUUGGGGUCACGAGGAUGCCAGCGAUCACCGCUUGCUUAUUGCAGAGUAUCAGAAGAAGUACUAGUAGCUUGACUUUGGAUCAGCCGACCCUUACCCGGAUCCGCGAGUUGUUUGCUGCUCUUGGUCAGCCAUUCUAUGAGUCAUCAGAGGGACCAUCGGCAGGUUUACGACCAGUACCGGCCACUCGAAGAGACACAUCUUCAGAGAACUCUAGACCCAUACAGACCUCUCCCCAGCCUCUUGUGCCACAACUUGGCGGUCCAUUCGUCGAGCGAUACCAGCAGCCACCCAACCCUUCCACUAUGGUCCAUGGUACGCUAUCAGGCAUGGAUGCCAAUCAUCAAGGGCACAACAUACAGCCAUUUGAACCGAACUUAUUCGAUUUUGGGAUGGCUGGACCAAUCUUCGAUCCCCACGAUCCCUAUAACGCUUUGGUAUCGGGCGAUCUAGGAAGCUUCCUCGACGACUUCGCUUCGAAACACGGUGCCAAAAAGCUACAGAAUCAGCCACAAUUCAUGGAGAACCUAGGCUUUUCGUCGGAAGUAAGCAUGGCCGACCUUUUAGCAGCGGACCCUGGCCGUUUCAUGCCUACCGCGUCGAACUUGGGCGCAGAAAAUAGUGAGGAAUCCCCUCAGUUUCCGCUCAACACAUUCUAUGACGCUGGGUAA